UUCUUUUUGAAAAAAAAGUGACAGGAUUGGCUCUCUGCCAGUAAUCUCGCUGGUCUCUUAUGUUUACAUGGGUUCUAUCUGGAAAGAUAAAAGAAGGAAAAAACUGGACCCUCCCCCUUUCUCUCUCUCUUUAUCUCUAUCUCUCUUGCCCUUCUGUCCUGUCUUACAGAGAGAGAUGAUCGGAGGAGCGGAGUCUCAGUGAAGAGAGCGAAGCGAUGGAGAGAUGCUCCAUCUCUCCUGUCGAACGACUGACUGGCCCCCGCUGCCUCAUUUCCCUCCUCCUGAUUGCUCUGGUGACACAGCCCUCCACCUGCAACCGUGAGGACAGCGAUAGCGAGGAGCCAGUGGACACCCUAUCAGUCCAGCUGUCCGUCACGGCCCAGGUCACACCCACCCCUCUGUGGGCGGUGGUCUGGGGACCCACCCAGCCUCUGGAUGAUGAGACCUACCACUUCCUCUCCAGCCAGGAAACUGACCCCCUGCAUCAGCACGGGAGCCAACAAGAGGCCAGCACCGCCACAUCCGAGGACUGGUCUUAUCCUGACGCAAGCUUGCAGCCCCAAGAGGAGGCACAACUGGAGUCUAAGGAAGGAGUGGAGGAUGGUGGGACCGAGGCAGAGGAGACAGAGCCUGAGGAAGUGGACCCUCAGUUCUACGUCACCGUGACCAUCUCCUCGCUGCUCAUCUUGAUGGCAGUCGUCAUUACAGCCAAACUCUGUUACGAUCGCAGCUGUUCCCAGCAUCCGCCCCCGCUUUCCCGUGGCGUAGCUCCCCCCCUCUCCCUCGCGCUCCCUCGCUCCCUUGCUUCGGAGGACAGCCGGCAGACGUUACACAGCACCUCCUCCUCCUUCACCGACAGGGAGAGGAUCCCAGUUGUGAACCUCUGAGGUGACUGUUUUUCCAUAUGGUAAACAUUUCUACGGGGCCUGAGGAGGAACAUCGACACGACCAGAGGGUGUGCCCACAGCACCGUUAUAUUUUCUCUGAAACUGUGAAAUGAAUUCAGGGAUCCCAGGUAUCCAGCCAUCAUAAAACUCCUUGGCUCCCCUGAGGUCUGAAAAACCCAAACUCAUCUCUCCAAUGCUCCCUCCUUCCUUCCGUCCUUCCUCUGUGCUUUGUGUAAAUUUCUUUUAUGUGUCUCUGCGUCACUGUAACCUGCUCUGUUUUCCACCCCCUGCAUGGCCCCGAGCUCUGCCAAGCUACCCAACCGCUCUGUGCUUCGACCUGCCAUGACUAAUUCACAAACAAGCAGUUUAACAGCCAUGCAACAUCCCAUUAUCACUGAAAUGCCCUACCUGAGCUUCCACAACUGUUUCCAGUGAUUCAGCUGCACAUGUGAACCUGUUCAGUGCUUAUUCCCAUCCAGCAGACUUUCAUUAAAUGACACUCAGUUUCAGUUCAGUUCAGCAGGCUCGAAUCUGUUUGUAAAUGGUUAAAAAGCCAUUCUCGGCAUCUACGAAUACUGAACGGGGUAUUUCACAAAGCUGUUUGGCACGGCUUUAGCCAACAGGCAAUGUGUUUAACAUGUCACGCUCCAAAAACUGCUGUUUAUUCCCCGCUUUGGGCGCAUGAAAUGCAAAUAGUGUUGCUUUUUUCCCUCUGCAGUGUGUAGGACUCUGGUUUGUUUCAGUUUUUCCCCAUGAUUUGUUCUCUUAAUUAUCUGGCUUUCGUUCACCUCUUUGUCAAGCCUUUGUGAGCACCCUUUGUUACCGUUGGACUGGGUAGACGUGUGUUAAGCAUAGAGUACUUCCAGUGGUGGAGAUAAAAUAUUCAGAUCGGGGACCGAUAGAAGAGACAUUCUUGUUGAAAAUCAAUGAUUCCCAAAGGUUUUGGAUGGUGCACAACAAAAACAGAUUUAUGUUGUCAUGUAAAUGAGCGUCUGUGAACUGUACACGUGAUCAAAGGACUGAUGUUGCCACAACAAGGAGUUUCUUCCACCUGACAGCCAAGUCUCUGAAUCUGGAAAACAAAACCACCACCAUUUCCCUUCAUAUCAUUAUCAAGUGACUGUAUAUCAGCUGUCUCGGGUGCACCGGAGGAGAGUAGUACAUCAAGGAGCAUCAUUUCUGUCUCUCCAUUGAAUCUGCAUGUAUACAGUAAGAAAACCUGUGAGAGUUGCUUCAAAUCUUUUAUUUAUAAAUGUCUAUUUUAUCUAUCAGCGAGUGAUAUCUUACAGAACCUUUCAAAGCCAAAUGUCAGUUUGUGUUUGGCAACUUUUCUAAGCAUCUUUGAGACAUGAACCCCCGACUUGCACACAUUUACACUACAGACAUAGUGCUGGUGGCAUCAUGCGUGGCUCGUGCAAUCCUCCAAAUAUCCAGUCUUGUGAUUUUUAGUAGCAUUCCUGUAGAAAUGUGGUCUUUCUGUACCAUGGAAGUUA